AUGGUGGAACAAACUCCCUCACGACGCCAGGACAGCGGAGUCAAUCACCACCUUCCGGAGACACCUGAAACCCCACCUCUUCAAGGAAUACCUAGGAUAGGAUGGACCUCAGUAUGGACAGAAAUCUUCUUCAUCACCAUGCUGCUCAGAUGUGAUGUUAAGAAAAUGCAGCAUUUCCCACGACCAUAAACGCCUCGAUCACACCUACAGUGUUUUCGCACAAAUUGGUACGCAGCAUCAUCUGGAUAUGUGUGCAACAAAAGAUCAACGUUCAUUCUGCUUGGUCGGGUAGGCAGUCUUUCCGAGCCGGCAUCACACUCCCUCGUCUAAUUGGUCGACUCGGCGGGCCCUCAGACUUUGUGACUGUGGUAACUAGUGACGACCAAUAGAAAACCGUGAGAGAGGGAAAGCUGAUGAUGUUCAUAUGCUCAAAAGCGUACAGGCUGCCGAAAAUGCACAAGAAGAAGAAGCAGAUGACGUCGCUCUGUUUACAUCUUACCUACGUAGCUAGCAUGUUUUUAAAGUGUAGAUAGUUCCCUUAGCUAUUUUUGAUAACAAUAUUUUUUUUGUAAGCUAACUACAAGUUUUCCUUUCCCGGUCCGAAUCUUAGAUCGACUAAUUGAGAAAAGUUUAGAUUCAAUCACCAGUUAAAAGGCAACACAGCAGUAGCGGGACAGCUAACUAGCUCGCUGGGAUUCUCCUAGCCCAGCUUGAUCAUGACUCUCAGUUCCAUUACAUUACAGAUAAUAAACAUUGGAUGAAGUCUUCUGUAUGGGAGAGUUUUGUUAAGAGCCACGAAUCUCGGUUUGAAUAUUAAUACGCAUUAAUUGCGGUACGGGUUUGGAAGUAUAAAUGACCUUAUAUCAUAUCAGCAAGGAAUUAUUUUCUAAAAACAAAAGGUUAAAUUUAUAAACACCACGUUCCCACAUGGCCAUAUCUCCAUGUUACAGCGAGUGUUUACGGAAAACAGACGGAAGACAGAGUUGACUACCUGUGCUAAUUAGCUAUAUGUGUCUCCUAACACCUGUGUGUAAACAGAAGACAGACACCACAAGUGUUAUCACUGAAAAAUACUGUUGGUUGCAACUGUGCCAAAACCGGUUAAACCAGAGUACAGCGCAGGAGGUUGGUGGUACCUUAAAUUGGGGAGGACAGGCUCGUGGUAAUGGCUGGAGAGGAAUCAGUGGAAUGGUAUCCAGUACAUCAAACGCAUUGUUUGAUUCUAUUCAAUUUGCUCUGUUCCAGUCAUGAUUAUGCAUCAUCCUCCCCUCAACAGCCUCCACUGGUGUACAGUAAGUCUAAGUAAGUCUGUAUUUUGCAUUUAUGGAAUAAUUCUGAUGUGAAAUGAAAGUAGAGGGAUUUAUGUUUCCAGAACCAUACAGCAAUUGAGAUGUCUGGUCACAUGUUUUGGCUUCCAAUCCAUUUCGCCUUUGAACAGAACAUGUCGGCCCUUGGACUGUAAGGAGUAACGUUAGGCUCCUUUCGUGGAUUUUUGGGCUAGGACUCUCCUACUGUAUCUUUACUUAACUGAAGGAUAAAUCCUCCCAAAUCAAAAGCGUCCAGUGGAUACAGAAUAAAAGGCAUCUCCAUAGACAAUGUGUUCUAUAUUAAAUAAUGCGAUACCAUUAUAUAGCAUUUAUCCUAGGCACUAAUGUAUGUUGCUACUAGAGCAGUGAUACUUAUUCAAGUACUGCGCAUUCUGUGCUUGAAUUUGAACAAUUAGGUCAUAGGCCAUGUUCAGGAGCACCAACACCACUAUGUAUCAUGGGUACAUUGUGAACGACUGACUGAUCUACAAAUAACAUUGAGUAGUUAUUUAUGAUUCAAGGUGAUUUGUAGAUUAGUCCGUCUCGACUCGCCAAAAGAUCGUACAAGAUGAAGUUAUGUAACUCACCUUUUUUUGUGACAAAAUGUGCAAUUCACACUCCGACCUGUGAAAGGCAGCAAUACGCAACGCAGCGUCUUCGUCUACCGGAAACUCAUAAGAAGAAAGAAGUCACGUAAACGUUAUCUCUGCUUGAAGUACAAUUCCUACCGUGUACUGAACACCAACAUCGGGGAGAAAAAUAGACUAAAAAUACUUUAUUUGCUUGAUAUUGAGGAUAUCACGUUGAUAGCUCUACCCCAAAAUGGACCUGCUGCUGCAAAUGGACAAUUUCGAUAGCACCAUAGAGGAUUGGGCUACAUAUAUCGAGAGACUUGAGCAGUAUUGCUUUGCUAACGAUGUAGAAGCUGAAAGGAAAGUGGGGGUACUUCUAGGUGUAAUGGGAGCUAAAACAUAUAACUUGCUAUGUACCCUUACAGCACCGACAAAGCCAGAAGAGAAGACCUUCAUAGAGAUUGUAAACGCGUUACAGACCCAUCUAAAUCCAAAGCCGCUGGUCAUAGCCGAACGUUUCCGAUUUCACAAACGGAAUCAGCAAAAGACAGAGUCAAUACCGGAGUACAUUGCGGAGCUCCGCCAGCUCUCGCAGUAUUGUCAGUUCGGACAGGGAUUGUCGGAUGCGCUCAGAGACAGGCUGGUAUUCGGGUUACACAAUGAGAGCACACAGAAACGGCUCUUAUCAGAAAUAGAUCUGACAUUGGCGCGUGCACUGGACAUAGCCAUAUCAAUGGAAACUGCCGCAAAAGAUGCAGGAGAGUUACAGAGGACAAAUACAGUGGAAUGCACAGUGAACAAGUUGAACACCCGACGCCAAGAGAAAUCACAGGCAUGCUUUCGGUGUGGUAAAAAGUCACAUGACCCUGUCGAUUGCUGGUUAAAAGACAAAGACUGUAGACAAUGUAACAAAAGAGGACACAUACAGAAAAUGUGCAAAUCGAAGCAGAGUGAUAAAAAGUCACCCAAAACAAGAAAGAGGGAAGGAGAAGUGCAUCAGGUUACUGAAACUGAUUCAAAUGACUCUGAUGAAGAAGACAUGUCAUGUCUUGAACUUUUCUCUCUUAAAGAGACAGAUCGCAAAAUAAUCUGUGUGACACCUGAGGUAGAGGGGGUGGCACUAAAGGACACAAUGUUUGACAGCAAGGACAUCAGUUUACAUACAGAUAGACAAUUGCGUCAGAGAACAUUGGAGAAAGGGAAGGAAAUGGCCACAAUCUCUGAUGAUGAUGGUGGUGAUGGUGUUGAUGGCGAUUAUGAUUAUAACGAUGAUGAUGAUGGGGAUGAUGAUAAUAAUGUUAAUGAUCAUUAUGAUGAUGGUGACAGUAGUGAUAAAGAUGGUGAUGAUGAUGCCUGUGACAACAGUUCUAAAACCAGAGACAAGCCCUACCACUGCUUAGACUGUGGUAAGAGUUUUACCCGAGUCUAUCAUUUAAAAAGACACAAGCAAACACAUAUCAAAGAAAAAUUUCACCAAUGCUCUGAUUGUGGUAAAAGCUUCACUCGACCGGAGCAUUUGAAAAAACACCAGCGAAGCCAUAUGACUGACAAAUCAUACCAUUGCACUAACUGUGAUGAGUGUUUCUCUAAAGCAGCACAACUAAGAAGUCACAUGAAAGUGCAUGCCGGGGAAAAGCCUCACCUCUGCACCGACUGUGGGAAACUAUUCCAGUCGUUACAUGCGUUUGAAAGACACCAGCAGAAACAUGCUGGAAAGAUUCUUCACCAAUGCUCAGACUGUGGUAAAGUUUUUACCAGAGCCUAUCACUUGAGAAGACACCAGCAUACACAUAAAGAGAAGUCUAAUCACUGCUCUGAUUGUGGUAAGAGCUUCACUCGAUUGGAACAUCUAAAAAGACACCAGCGGAAACACAAGGAAAAGACACGUUACCACUGCUCUAUGUGUGAGGAGAAGUUCUCUACACAGGCAAUGUUAAAUAGUCACCUGCAGGUACAUGUUGGAGAGCUACCUCACCAUUGCUCUGACUGUGGAAAGGCGUUCUCAGACAAAAGACAAUUUGACAUCCACCAGAAAAGACAUCAGCGAAAAACUGUAAAAGAGAGGUCUUACCUUUGCAGUGACUGUGGAAUGACUUUCAGCAAGCCAAGCACAUUUAAGGUACACCAGAGAUCUCACACAGGAGAAAAACCAUACAGCUGCUCAGUGUGUGGGAAGAGUUUUGUCCAGUCCACCACACUCCGGAUCCACCUCCAGUGGCACGCUGGGGCGAGGGCCAGCUACUCCUGCCCUGUCUGUGGGAAGACUUUCUCUCGCUCUAACAGUGUGAAGAGACAUCAGAUGGUUCACACAGGAGAGAGACCUCAUGAGUGCCACUGCUGUGGGAAACGCUGCUUCCGACGGAGUGCUUUGAUCAUACAUAUGAGGAUUCACACUGGAGAGAAACCAUACAUUUGUUCUGAGUGUGGGAAGAGGUUCUCCCAAGAUGGCGACCGGAAACGACACCAGAUAAGACACCACCCUGACCUCUGACCUGAAGAGGACAGCAGGCACAGGCAGGCUUCUGGAGAGGCACACCAGUCCCAAAUCCACCCUCAGCCACUACCCUCCUAGCUCCUACCUCCUAGUCCCUAUACCAGGGGGUGUCAAACUCAUUCCUGGAGGGUCUAGUGGUUUUUAUUAUUUCCUUUACAUUUGUGUCCAAUUAACACCUAGACAACCAGGUGAGGGGAGUUCCUAAUCAAGUUCAAGGGAGGAGCGACAAUCGGCAGACACUCGACCCACCAGAUUUUGAGUUGACAUCCCUGCCCUAUACCCUCUACCCCGAGCUCAUACAUUUAGCUCCUAACCUCUAGCUCCUACUCCCUAGCUAGCCCCUGCCCUCUAGUAAAUAUCUGGUUCAAAGAACAGCUAAAAUGUGAACCAUUUUAUGUCAGGUUGUUUGUUUUGUUUGCUUUUCCAUUUCCUCCUUUAAUUGUACAUUGCUAUUUGAGAUGUGCUGUACUGUGUUCAGAGAACAAUCCUGUAGUUCUCCCUUUCUGUUAGACUCACAUUUGCUGCUUUCCAAAUAACAUUUGACAAAUGUUUAGGCCACAGGGUAAUAAAUGUUUGUGGACCACUGUGUUAUUAGUUUGUGUUUUUCAGUCACUUUGAUUCAAGUUUAACAACCAGUAAUACAUUCAUCAGUCCUUGUUUAUAUCAUUGUAAACCAGAAGGUGAAAGUUGGGGUGUGCUGAGUUAGCAGAGGCUACGAUUACACACAGUCCUAUGUUUAUGUAUUCACAGUGCAUUUGGAAAAUAUUCAGACCCCUUCACUUUUUCCACAUUUUGUUACAGCCUUAUUCUAAAAUGUAUUAAAUUAUUUCCCCCCCUUAUCAAUCUACACACAUUACCCCACAAUGACAAAACAAAAACGUUUUUUUAGACAUUUUUGCAAAUGUAUUAAAUAUAAAACAUCUGAAAUAUCAUAUUUACAUAAGUAUUCAGAUAUUUUAUUCAGUACUUUGUUGAAGCACCUUUGGCAGCAAUUACAGCCUCAAAUCUUCUUGGGUAUGAUGCUACAAGCUUGGCACACCUGUAUUUGGGGAAUUUCUCCCAUUCUUCUCUGCAGAUCCUCUCAAGCUAUGUCAGGUUGGAUGUGGAGCCAGGAUCAAGGGAAAGAUGAAUGGCGCAAAGUACAGAGAGAUCCUUGAUGAAAACCUGCUCCAGAGCGCUCAGGACCUCAGACUGGGGCAAAGGUUCACCUUCCAACAGGACAAUGACCCUGAGCACACAGCCAAGACACUGCAAGAGUGGCUUUGGGACAAGUCUCUGAAUGUCCUUGAGUGGCCCAGCCAGAGAAUGGACUUGAACCCGAUCGAACAUCUCUGAUCUGUGCCUCGAUACAAUCCUGUCUCGGAGCUCUACGGGCAAUUCCUUCGACCUCAUGGCUUGGUUUUUGCUCUGACAUGCACUGUCAACUGUGGGACAUUAUAUAGACCGGUGUGUGCCUUUCCAAAUUAUGUCCAAUCAAUUGAUUUACCACAGCUGGUAAGGGUCUGAAUACUUUCCGAAUGCACUAUAUAUUGUGUUUGUGUGUGUGUUAGGUCAAUGUAGAGAAACCUCAGUAAUGCAACUGAAACUGUAUUGUGAACUGUGCUUAAUAAACAGUCAAUAGUA